AUGCCAUCCAAGGCAAAGUCCAAGUUCGCGAACCUCGCCCAUCGUGCCGGCGGUCGCAACGACAAUCGCCCUCCCUCCGACGAGCUCACCUCGACUUCCUUCGAGGACGACCGCUACCGCAAUCGCUCUCCCUCGCCGGAGUCGUCCUACGACCACCACAUGGCGUACAACCAGCAGCCCGCCGAGGUGCAGUACACCGAUGACCUUCUGAUCCCGCCCAACCUCCCAUUCUCGGAGGUCACCGGCGGACAGUACCAGGACAACGGAACCCCGAGCAACGGUGGCAGCCGCAACACGUCGUUCACCGACCUGACGGAACUCCGCAGCAACAGCAAGGCUAACCGUCCGCCGUCGCUGUCGAUCAACUAUGUCCCUACCAAGUUCUCCAAGCUCCACACCCAGGGUGACUGGGCGCACCGUCGUGCGAAGCAGGGUGGUGGUCGUGACGCUUUCUCGGCCGGUGCCUCCCGUAUGGGCGAGCCGGGAACUGUGGACGACGACGAGGGACUGGUCUUCGAGCUCGGCAAGGGUGGAUUGAAGCCGAAGCGCAAGCACAAGCUUCGCUGGAACCGCUUCAAGUGGAUCCUCUUCCUGGCCAACUGGGUUCUCAUUAUUUACGCGAUGGGCACGCUGAUCUGCUGCAUUCUGGUCUGGAUCAACGUCUUCUACCAGUCUGAUGUCGUCCGUGUUGGUAACCGCACCGAGCUCAUUCUGUCAACAAUCGCCGCUUGUCUUUCCGUGUUCACUGCUCUCCUUGGUUUCUCUGGACUUUUCCUCAACAGCCGUCCUUUCCUGGCGGUCUAUGUUGUUCUUCUUUGGGUCUGUCUCGCGUUCAUCGUCGCCCCUGGUUACAUUACCUACAAGCGUCACACCUUCAACCUUGAGGGUAAGAUCAACCAGCAGUGGUCUCAGUCGCUCGGCACCGUCGGCCGUCUGCGUAUCCAGGAUGCUCUCCGUUGCUGUGGUUACUUCUCUCCUGCGUCGGAGGCGACCGUCUCGCCCCUCUGUUACCCUCGUUCGGUCGAGGACGGCUGCAAGAACAAGUACCUCAAGCUCGAGCGUAACGUUACCCGCACCUGGUACACCGUCUCGUUCUCGCUUGUUCCCGCCCACAUUCUGAUCAUUCUCGCCGGUCUCCUGUGCUCGAACCACGUCACGUACCGCUUCGGCAAGGGUCUCACUCCCAAGCGCUACCGUCUCGACCUUGACUCGAUGGCUAUCAUCAUGAACGACUAUGCUUCGCAGAUCGCCAACCAGUACGGCCCCGGUGUCGCCCAGGACGCGCUGGAACGCUCCUCGCUUCACUUAAACUCGCCCGCCGGAUCUCGCCGUGGCUCGUUUGCUGAGACUUCGUCGCUCGGCCACGGCCUCACGAACCCCGUGUCGCGUCACCACACGAACAGCCCCAGCUUCCGAAACAACAACAACAAUAACCAGUACGAGUCGCCGUUCGACGAUGGAAGCGACUCCGUCCACGGUUCCGAGCAGGGCCACCGUACGGGUGGCUCCUCGCUGGGCCACCAUGCUGUCACCGCGCAGUAUGACUCCAAUGGCGGCUAUAGUGUAGUCCAGCAGGGCCCGCAGUACAACCAGUACAGCAACCAGCAGCACGGAUACUAA